AUGGCACUGCCUCCACCCCCGCCACCGCCUCCUCCAGAUGCAGAGGAGCUCUACGAGCGACUAGCGCUGCACGCGCCGGUUUGCGGUUCCUGUUUGGAACCUCUGAUCAGCGGUUUUCUGCAGGAUCCAAGUUUUCGACGGGAAUUGCAGGCUUUCCUUGCUGCCCGAGCACCCGAGUUCCUUCAAGUUUGCGAAGAUGGAAGCCAUCCCCAUGCCUGGAAGACCUAUCACGACCAGUACCGUGCAAUCUUCGAGCAGCAGAUGCAGAAGAUUCUCCAUUCCCUGGGGAUGACUGAUCGGGAGCUGACCGAACUAUGCCACUGGCUUCAAGACCAGAAUGGCCACGGCUUUCAGUAUGACGAUGGGCUGAAUGCCUUCUUGCAAGCGGUCACUGUUUGCGAGUCCUACGACAAUUUCCUUUCAGUCAUGUUUGCCGAGGUUGGCCGUCAGGCGGGCGACGCCAUUGACGUGACUGUGCCAGAGACAUCAGGACCUGGACAAGCGCUGAAGAUCUCGUACCUGGGCAUCAUGUACGACCUCAUCGUCCCGGACACCUGCGCUGUAGGCGAGAGCUUCCAGGUCUCUGUGACGAAGCCUGCGAAUCUUGAUUUGGUGUCGCUUUUCAACGUUCCAGAUUCUUUCUAUGGCCUGGAUUGA